AUGUUUGAGAGCAACAAAGGGACCAUAUCUGUCAGCUGUGCCGAAUGGGGGCUCCCCAAUAACUCGGAAGACGAAACCCAGUUCAUCAAGGAUGCCAUCUACCAAGCGGAGAAAUCAAGCGGCGUCGACGCGCGCUUCAUCUUGUCGAUCGUCAUGAAGGAGAGCAAAGGAUGCGUUCGUGUCCAGACCACGAAUAAUGGGGUUGCUAAUCCUGGACUGAUGCAAAGUCACGAGGGAUCUGGGUCCUGCAACGAUAAUGGGCUGGUUCAGAACCCUUGUCCCAGGGGCGAGAUACUCCAGAUGAUCCUCGACGGCGUUGAAGGCACCCCAGCCAGGCCUGGCCUCAAGGCACUGAUAGCUCAAGAGGGCGGCACAGCAGAUGUGACUUCAUAUUACAAGGCUGCGCGUGCUUACAACUCCGGCGCGGUGGCUUCUAGCGGCAACCUGGGCCAGGGCGGUGCCACUCACUGCUAUGUUUCUGACGUCGCCAAUCGCCUUCUGGGUUGGACCGAUGGACCCAGUUUGUGCGCUCCAGAUGCCAUUGGUCAAAUAUCUGCUGCGCUUUGGGAUGGCGACAGUUCUGCUGGGCACACUGACCGCAAUGAGACGUCGACUACUACAACUGCGCGGAUCCUUGCCCAAACCCACGGCUCCCCUUCGUUCAGCCUAAGCGCACCCUCAACACCUAUUGUGCAGUCAUCUGUAGCCUAG